UCAUUAAUACCCAUCCCAAACCAUAUUUAAUAUGACCUCCCAAAAACGUACUCCAUGGAAGAAAUACCAGUAGCUGCUGCACCAUUAUCAUUAUUAUUAUUCAGACAAUAUUGAAAACUGUGAUUUGUAGUAGAGUGUGAUUCAAUUCAAAGGAAUUGAAACAGGGGACACAAAUGAAGGGUUGGAACCAAAUUGGUGUCAUUGAAACCAUUUACGAGGAAGAACGUGAAUUCUCCACCACUUCUUCUUCUCCUUCACUUUCACCUUCUUCUCCUCCAUCACUUUACUCCAUAGUAAAUGCUUGGUCCAUCGAUUCUGGAUGUGAAACAGAUGUUUUGAUACGUGUAGAAGGAACCUGUUUUCGUCUCCAUAAGGAACGUUUCAUAUCACGAAGCUCAUAUCUAAAACGCCACCUAACAUCCCUCUCCGACUUCACACUCUCCCCACCAUUAAACAUAACGGCUUCAUCAUUCACAACCGUUGCAGAAUUUUGUUACAACCGUAAAAUCCAUUUAACACCAACAAACAUUGCAGCCGUUAUAACGACAGCAGAGUUACUAGGAAUGAAAGAAGGUGACAUUAAUCUACGUGACGUGGCAGAAUCUUAUUUUCAAAGAAUUGUUUGCAUGGAAGGGUUAACGGUUCUUCGUUCGUGCAUGGCUUUGUUUCCUGAAGCCGAAACCACGGCGUCUCUUGGUAGUAGAUGUCUUGAAGCAUUGAUUUGGGAAAACGAUGAUGUUGAUGAUAGUGUUUUGGAUUUCAUUGUGGAAAUGCAGCUGAGAGAUUUUCAAAUGGUUGUUUGUUCGUUGAAUGGAAGGUUGGUCAACCAUGAUGUUUUGUACAAGUUGGUCGAUCUUUAUCUCAAGGAAAACAAGCAUGGCAAAGUAACAGAAGAACAAAAAACAGAAAUAUGCAAUUCAAUAGAUUGUACUAAGCUCUCACCUCGUACCCUAGUCGAAUGUGUUCAAAACCCCAUAAUGCCACUAAGAUUCAUCGUUCGAGCAAUUCUUGUUGAACACCUCACCACUCGCCGCUCAAUCACCGAAGCAGCAACUACUACUACUACUACUACUACUACCACUAAUGCUCGACAACAUGUAGAAGUACAACGAACCUCACUUAGAGAAUUUCUCCAACUCGACACCACUCUCCGCCAAAAUGCACAACUUAAAGAAGCUAUGAAUUCAACCUACUCGCGUAUUCAAAGCCUUGAGAAAGAGCUUAGUUGCAUGAAGAAGUUUCUUCAGGAUCAUCAAGCUGAGGAUGAAAAGGAGAAGGAGAAAGAAAAAGAGAAGGAACAAAGCAAUAGUGUCUUGAAUUCAGAACGUUCCGCGAGUUUUCAUUUUGUUCCAGUUGAUGAAAACAGUAAAAUACAAAGAGGUGGAAGAGGCUCUAUUUCUUCCUCCGGUUUUGUGCUUGAUAACAUGAUCAAGAAAAAUAAUGAAAGUGUUAGGUACAAAUAUAACGUUGAUUCUUCCUUAGGAUCAUGUCAUGAAGAAAGUGUUACUCCAACAAAGAGUGGUACAAGUUUUCGCCAUAGGUUCAUUACUGGGCUCAAGAAUACUUUCAAGAUUUCAAAUUCUUCAUCAAAUUUGAAGGAUCACCAAUGACUGACUGAUUGAGAGUAGUGUUGCUGUUCAUCGGAGAAUAUUCAAGCUUCAUGCUGUAGAAUAUUAGUCUUUAUAUGUUUUUUGAAAGAUUUUUUUAUUUUUGUCCUGAUAGCUAGGUCUAAGCCAUAUUAAUUAAUUAAUUUGUCACUUUUUUUUAUUUUAUUUUAUUUCGUUUUUUCUUAAUGUUGUUUUACAUUAUCUAAACCUAAAAGUUUAUAUUGUGUUUUAAAAUUCUUUUUUUGA